GAUGCCAAAGCAAGUGACCCCAACGCAGAAGACCGAGGACAUUUGGCACACCAGCGGGCGAUCUUGGAGGAUGCUGAGGUGGUUUGCAGUACUUGUGCUGGUGCGGAUCAUCCUGUCCUGCAUGGUAAAGACUUUGGAUGCAUUUUGAUCGACGAGGCUGGGCAGACGACUGAAUUAGCCGUGCUGGUGCCUCUCAUGAAGAUGAGAAAAGAUGGAGUGGUCACCCUGGUUGGUGAUCAUCGUCAGUUGCCGCCAACCAUUAGCAAUGUGGAAGUUGACGUGGAAGGUUUGGGCACUUCCCUUUUUGAACGCUUGUCUUCCCAUGGCGUGGAACCCUUUAUGCUGGACAUCCAGUACCGCAUGCAUCCGGCCAUUGCGUCGUAUCCCUCGGUGGCUUCGUACGCUGGAAAGCUCCGAUCGGGCGUGAGUGGCCAACAACGAAAGGCGCCUCAAGGCAUUGCAUGGCCCAUCCCCGAGGCGCCGGUGACCUUCUUGCCCGUGGAAGGCCUGCUUUCCUCUCGCUUUUC